AUGGAGAAAACGUGGAUUAGUUAUUCGGAGUUUGUUCGGGUAUGCAGUGAGGGUUGUUCGAAUCUUGAGUAUGGUAUUCGGGUUGCGAAGAGUCUCGAUGAAUCUGGGACUGUUGUUGUCCUUGGAAAUCUCGUUUUGCUAAGACCAGAGCAGGUAUUGAAAGCAAUCGGAGGCCUAAUUCCAUUACCAGCAAGCAACCCCAAUGAUCCAAGAAGAGAGGAGCUGCAAGAAAUGGAGAAACAGAAAGCUGCAAUUGAUCAGAAGGCGAGGACCCUGGUUCGCCGCGAACUGUGGACUGGACUUGGUUUCUUGAUCAUUCAGACAGCAGGGUUCAUGAGGCUGACAUUCUGGGAACUUACAUGGGAUGUCAUGGAGCCAAUUUGCUUCUAUUUGACGUCAAUUUAUUUCUUGGCUGGCUAUACCUUCUUCCUCAGGACAGCGAAGGAGCCUUCUUUUGAAGGGUUCUAUCAAAGCAGGUUUUUGGCCAAGCAGAAGCAGCUCAUGAAAGUCAGAAACUUUGAUGUGGAGAGGUACAAUGAGCUUCGAAAAGUUUUUUACCCUCAUCCAUCAUCUGUAGAGAAGAUCCAAGCAAUGACUUCGUUUGAUCAAGCUGCAAAAAUAUUCUGA